AAUAUACACAUCAAUGGACAAAAUCAAAGUAAUCAACCGACCCUGUAGAGUUCCCCAAGGAAGGGACAAAAUCCAUAAACCAUGUCCAGAAUUCUAGGUUUUUCCAUCUCCAACCCUGAUUAUUGUCUUUCUCUGUCUCUACUUGAUGCUUCGGUUUCAACAAACACCCCCAACGUAGAUAUCGAAGUCCCUUAAAACCUCUCCAAUCACCCGCCCAUUAAUUCCACAUUCAUUGAGAGCUGGCGCAAGGAGAGAGAGUGAACUGAUCCCCCACAUUGUUUCUCUAACGUCUUUGGUAUUAACUCAAACCUCUUAUAUGUAAUCCAUACCGUCUAAGUACCCACAUGCUAAAAUCACUGCCACUCUUUUCUCUUUUUCCUCUUUUAUCACCGUCUUUCAUGUUGUUUCCAUAUUUGCCAAGAAAUUGGAACAUCAAGUUUUGAUUUUGUUCAAGGGUUUCCUUUUCUUGAGAGCAACCGGGUUUUGGGGAAUUACUCAUUUGGUGAGGGGUUGAGUUUGGUGGGUUUGGAAUCUGUCUACUAUAUAGAUGUGUGCUGUGAUUCUUGAUGAAAAUCAACUACCCAUAUGGCAAAACCAAACUUCCUUCGCGUCAUAAUUGCCGUUUUGAGAUGAAAUUUCAGUGUUAUGGUUUUGCCGCUGGGAGAAGUAUUGAUAUGAGGUGAUGUUGUGAAAACAUAAUGCCCAGAAGCCGAAUUUGAUUGAAAUUUUAGGUGAAGAUGCAAUCAAGAUUGAUGGCAUUGGAGGAAGGCAAGAACCCUACCACUACACUGAGAACAAAUCAAUCCAGGACUUUACCUUUGAGACUCCUCCAAUGGUUCUCGUUAUUUUUGGUUCUGGGUUUUGGAGUUUCAAUUGUUAGCAUGUAUAUGAUUCGAUAUUUUAAGGUUGCGAAUGUUGCUUGGAUAGGACAGUCCCCUCUUAGGCCAUGCUUUGAAGAGCUAAGAACAAUCGAGAGUUGGAUUAGGCCUCCAUCAAAUCUGUUGCAUAUCAUGAAUGACACUGAAUUGUUGUGGCGGGCUUCCUUUGUUCCUCGAAUAAAAUCUUAUCCGUACGAGAGAGUUCCCAAGAUUGCCUUCAUGUUCUUGACAAAGGGGCCACUGCCAAUGGCACCUCUCUGGGAACGGUUCUUUAAGGGGCAUGAGGAGCUUUAUUCAAUCUAUGUUCAUACACUGCCAUCUUACAAUGACAGCUUUUCACCUGCAUCAGUUUUUUACAAGAGACAAAUCCCAAGCCAGGUGGCAGAGUGGGGAAGAAUGAGUAUGUGUGAUGCUGAAAGGAGACUCCUAGCUAAUGCAUUGCUUGAUAUCUCAAAUGAAUGGUUUGUCCUCCUGUCUGAGGCAUGCAUUCCUCUCCACAACUUCAGCAUUGUUUAUCUCUACAUAUCAAAAUCCAGGUACAGCUUUAUGGGUUCAUUUGAUGAAAUUGGACCCUAUGGGAGAGGGCGCUAUAAUCAAAACAUGGCGCCCACGGUCAACCUCAGCGACUGGCGUAAAGGGUCUCAGUGGUUUGAACUUAAUCGGGAACUUGCGGUUAAGAUAGUUGAAGACACCACUUACCAUCCCUUGUUCAAUGAGUUCUGCCAGCCAGCAUGUUAUGUGGAUGAGCACUACUUCCAGACAAUGCUGAGCAUCCAAACUCCACAUCUUUUGGCAAACAGGAGCCUUACUUAUGUGGACUGGUCAAGAGGUGGUGCUCACCCAGCUACAUUUGGCAAGGCUGAUAUUAAAGAGGAAUUUUUCAAGAAGAUAUUUGAAAGUACGACCUGCCUAUACAAUAAUCAGCCAUCUUCACUUUGUUUCCUUUUUGCAAGAAAGUUGGCUCCAAGUGCUUUGGAUCCUCUGUUGGAAUUAUCACCCAAAGUUCUAGGCUUUUGACAUAUGGAUAUUUGGAUCCUCUGUCUGACAUGCAUAUUUGGAUAAUGCGAUUUGGAGCAUUUCUAAACCCAAUUGGUCAGAUGUUAUUGAUCUCUAGUUACUCCUUCACAAGAUUUUGAAACUUCAGUUUUACAGUAUUCAGAUGAAUAGAGAAUUAGAACCUGAAAUUAGCAUCUAUUUCGAGCUCAGGCAUACUGAAUAUUAUAUUUUAUUGGCUGUCAGUCGAUUAAUAAUUAGCAUCUGGGUGGAUGCCUUUUCAGCUUUCCACUGAAAUUCUUUAAAUUCUUGUAGUAUGAUGAUUGCAUGGAUACCUUUACAAAAAUUUGAAGCAACUGGAUUAAGUUAGGUGGC